AUGCUUUUGGCUGGACAUGAACAAGAAAAGCAGAAAAUUGGCCCAUCGGGUGGCUCCCCUAGUCAGUGGAAGUAUUAUGAGGCGGUCCACCAAACACUAGGCGGUUUUAAAAGUUUUUGUCCCGCCGAACUUGUGGAAGACAGUAUUAUGGUUGACAUGGACAUGGAGCCAAUUUACAUUGAGGCCGAUGCAGAAGCAGAGUCGCCGCUCUCAAGCCCAGGCGAUGGACCUUCAACGUCGCGUGGUUGCGCUCGGCCAUCGUCAAGCGAUGCUUUAAGAAAGAAAAAACCAACAAUAAUGGAAGAAAUAAAGGAAGAUUUAUUUAAGGCGACUAAGGCGACAAGAAUACAUAAGCGAUUCAAGAAGUGA